UACACACGCUCCCCGCUCUCUCCGGUCACGCUCUCACCCCUACACUCACUCGUCCUGGUCACUCAGCUGCUACUCAUGGCCCGGCCCCCGGAGCCCAUAUGACGCCAGAUUAACACACUAGUACACCAUAGUUACUUUUGGCUCUAUGCAAACAGAAGAAUAGUUAGUUGCUGUAUAAUAGAUGCUGCUAUAACUCUGAGGAGAGGGAGCGCCUCGCGUGUUGCAAGCAGUGCAAUAGUUACCUAACGUUACUGUCAAUAAAUCAGCAACAUGAAAUAACCCUCAGACUGUGGUUUACGAAAGAGGCGCGCACGUGCAGGAAACUCUGACACUGAAGUUCUGCUUAGGGAAGACUGAGAGAGAACCACAGGGUCUGAGAGAGAGAGAUAUUCCCAGCCAAGGGGCAUCUCAGCCCUCUCCUCACUACCUCGCGCAAAGAACACUUUGUGGACCAUGUUUGUGUCCGCUCUCCUGCCCUUACUCCUGGUGGCGGUGGUCCCUCCUCCUUCCUUGGCGCUCCUGCUCCCUCCUGAAGGUAACGACUACCCUCUCUACGACUUCCCCUCCGUCCAGUACCUCCCACACAACUCUGUCGUCGAAUACCAAGACCCACGACUGGUCGACGACGAGAGAAUGGAAGUUGCUACCAGAUCCACCCACCUUCCUGCGGCUGCCUCAGACUCCUCGCCCGCACACGUCUACCCCCAGUCCUCCUCCUCCUCCUCCCUCCCGUGCACCGCACAAGACAUAGCCACCAUACUCAACAUGGACGACCUCGAUAAAGUGAUAAGAAUCAUUUCGAAGCUUGAAGGGAAGAGCGUGAGAGAGAUCCUGCUCAAGCUGGCGCACAAGCACGGUCUGCACAUCAAGGACAAGGAUAUACACGGCCAGAGGAAGCCGCUGCUGGACAUGACGGCUGGCCGACUGGGCCCCGGGUCUGCACCUUCCACGGACGCCCUAAGGACCUUCCAGCUCAAGGACGGACCCGACUCCCCCCAGGGACCUCUUCUGCAUCUUCGGCGUCCCUCCAACGACCUGGACACGCCGCCUGGCACCCACUGGCACUCCCUGCCCGAAGACGAACAGUUAUUUGACCCUGUGGCUGUUGAGGUUCCGGCCGUCUUCCCCAGAGGCCUGCCCGCCUCCUCUCUCCCUCGAGCGCUGCUCCUGGUGGCCGACGCCUCCAGGAACGAGGUGGCAAGAACAGAGGUGGACCUCGGACCUCGCAUGGCCCUCCUUGACGUCCUGACGGAGGCCAAGUCUGUGUACGCGCUCAACAACGGUCCCUACAGGCACAAUCCCUUCGCUGUCAAACCACGUCGACUGGAGACGGAGAUGUGUCUAGGCCUUCAUAGUGUAGGACACAUUAGAGCAUCACCCUCCCGCCCCAUCGUCCUCUCCGUGACCAGGACACGCCCACUAGAGCAGCUGGUGUGGGAGUCCGUCUGCCUGCCGCGCGCCUCGGAGCUCCUGGUGCGCCCCGGAGACGUCAUCGUACUGGCACCGCGUUGACUCCACCCCGCUGCCUGACGCAAGACAUCCACGCCGUGAGGGGUACCAU